AUGAAGGUCCUCUGUCUGCACGGAAAAGGAACCAGCGGUGCAAUAUUCCGCUCCCAAAUCGCCUCAUUCCGCAGCAAACUCCCCGCCGAAGUCCAAUUCGAUUUCGUCGACGGCCCAUUCAAAAGCGACCCAGCAGCAGGAAUAGACCUUUUCUACGAGCCUCCAUACUACUCCUGGUGGAAAAAUGAGAGCAUAGAGGACAUCCGCAGUGCCCACGACUGGCUGAACGAGCAUGUCGCCAAGAAUGGGCCCUACGACCUCGCCAUGAUGUUCUCGCAAGGAUGCGUUCUCGGCUCGAGCGCUCUCCUCUUCCACCAAGAAGAAAACCCCCACCUCCCGCCGCCGUUCAAAGCAGCCAUUUUCAUCUGCGGCGGUCCGUCGAUGCUCGUCCUCGAGGAAAUGGGCUUCCACGUUUCGGCUGAAGCGCGCGAACGCGAUGCCGCGUCGCGGACGGCACUGGCGUUGCAGGCUGGCUCGGCUGCCCUGUUGGCUCAGGGUGCUGAUCGCUGGACUGGUCUUAGGUCGCUUGAUAGUGGGCUUUCGGAGGAUCAGCUGCGCGCCGAGAUCACCAGUCCCUACCGGAUUAAGGUGCCUACGGUACAUAUUUACGGAUCCAAGGAUCCGAGGUAUGCGGCUGGUGUGCAUUUGUCGGGCAUCUGUGAUCCCGACAAGCGGCGGACUUUUGAUCAUGGCGGUGGUCAUGAGAUUCCUCGGAAUGCUGCUGUCAGCAACACCAUCGCGGGACUUUUCGAGUGGGCCGCUGCGCAGUCUGCGUUGCAAUGA